AUGAUGCGAAUCUUCGCGUCCUACGAGGAUGAGCAUCUCCGGGCGUAUUGGGACUCCACUCACGCCUUUCCGGUGAGCAUCGCCAAACGUCGGGCCAGUCGGUACCUGGAUGCAUUCUACACCGAUCGCAAGCAACGUCGGUCCAGAGCCGGCGCCAGGUGGAAGUCGUUCCUCCAACAGGUGCUGAUCGGUUUAAUCCGUGGUUACUGCGACCUCGACUUGUUGCUUGGUCCCUUCUUCCUGCAUUUUCCCCGACCUGGUGAGGCUGGUGCUUGGUAUCCCGGGGUCGAGGACGGAGCCGAUUCUGCCGAUCUACUGGCGGCUUUGACCAUCGCGGACACGGCUGAUCGUUGGCGCAAUCACUAUCGUGACGUGCCAGAGGACCACCCGGCGCUUGGGAUCGCUUGCUUGCGUGGCAAGUUCAUGCCCUCCUCUUCCUGA